ACCACCGCUCUCCUCCAACCCCCCUCAGUGCUUUAUCUUCGCUGUUUCCUCAUUCGCUCCGCUUUAUCUGUAUAUCAUUGCGACAUGGCCUCAGCACCACGUCGGUUGAGCGACUCGGCCUCGUCGUCAGCCCCGCUCAGCAGCCGGCAUCAGAACUAUGGCUCAGUCACAGCCGCGGAUGCAGCAGCAAGCGAAGGCGGCAGGAUGGGCGCGGGAACAGGCGAUUUGGUCUCAGGGCCCUGGCAAGGCUCAAGAAACUCGACUGUUCGGCGAUCUGUUCUUAUUACAGUUCCUGAUCAAGACGACAACGCAUCCGUCUCUUCAAGGUCCUCGUUCUCAACUUAUUCCUCCUCCUGCUCUUCCACAGAUUCUCUGCUGCCCGGGAAACACCGAACUUCGUCUUCUGGAAAGACAGAUGUCGGCGAUGUAGACAAUGUCAGUUCGAGGCAGCUGUUUUGGACCUAUGUUGCACUGUCCCCAAUAUUGCUGUCCAUCUGGGUCGUCUUUGCCGCUCUGCUACUAUUACUUCCAUCUGUUGAUAAUGACUCUAUCGUGCGCUGGGAUCGAUUCGUAGUUGGCAUGGUCGGCUGGGCGGCCGCAUUCGCGUCUAGGAGGCCGCUCUUUUCACUCUUUUACAAGGUCCUCCAUAUAGACGGACUUCUGUGCGAGUUGUCCACGCUGUUCUCGGCCGGCCUGCUAGAGGAAAUCAUUCGACUGGGGAUCAUUACAGCGCUGAGCAUAGAAGCGGAUUUUGGCGCCGUAUAUUGGCUGGGACUUGGCUGGUCAGGCAUCGAAACCCUGUACUAUAUCGGGCAGUCGCUAGUCUAUACGCGAUGGAUUUCGGACGAUGAUUACCGCUCUGUACUCACCAGCAACAACAGAACAUCUGCUACGUCCGAAUCAACAGCGGCGGCUGUCGUGGAUAUUAAUGACAUCGAAAACGGCGUCAAGGAUACAGGGGACGAAGAUGAUAUGGAUACAAAAGACAGGGUUGUUGCCGCACAGGAGGCCAGGCAUCUAUUGGGCAUUGAUCGUCCAUGGUGGAGUCUUAUGGGACGAACUUCUAGCAUGAUGGUGCACAUUGGCCUGUGCUGUUGGCUGGGUUACUCUGGAUGGAAGUUGCUGCUCCCAGCUGCCUUGAUCCAUGGCAUCUUGUAUGUCAUAUGGGGAGUACUCAUGCCAGAUCGUUGGAGUGUCCCUGCAACUUCAUACGGAACCCUGAUGGCAGCAAUGGGCAUCUUCUUGAUUGGGCUUGCGCUCUAUGGCGAGAUUAUUUGACAUAAUUGUAAAUAAA